GAAUGUGGAUCUGGCUCCAUCCUGCAAGGUUCUUCAAGACUAACUGCGGGAAAAAAUCCACUCUAGGAGCAAGAAGCUGGAAAAUGAGGAUUUUCUUGGUUUGGAUCCUUUGCCCAGGUGUCUGGGCAGUGAAAGGCCCCAAGCAGGUGACAGCUGACCAAGGCAGCUUGCUGGCAGUGUCCUGCAGCUAUGAGCCAGGCUAUGAGCUCAAUUCCAAGUACUGGUGCCGCCAGAGAUUCCUCUGGUUUUGCUGCACCGACAUCGUCCAAACCAGUGGCUCAGAGGUGACGGUGACACAGGGCAGGGUGUCCAUCAGGGACAACCACACAGCACACUCAUUCACGGUGACACAGAGUGGAGUCACGCUGGGGGACGCAGGCCGGUACUCCUGCGGGGUGAAGAGGAAACUGUGGUUCAGCACAUCCCACACCACCAGGGUGAUGGUCUCUGCAGUGCCCAUGGCAUUGCUGGAUACUCCCAUCUCCACCUCCUGCACCUCUGUGGCCGAAGUGUCAGGCUGCUUCAACCACAACCGAAGGCAGCGAUCCUAUGGGGCGAUGGGUUGGGGCAGAACUGUGCAGAGAUUCGUGGGGGAGUCCCUCUCAGUUACCUACGAGUACCGGCCCGGCCAGGAGAUGAACCCGAAGUUCUGGUGCAAACCGGGAAUAUUUUAUACCUGUGCUGAGGACAUCGUCAUCACUUCGGAGUCACAGCCCGUGGUGCGGAAGGGCCGAUUCUCCAUCCGGGAUAACCGCACACUCCGGGUGUUCACAGUGACUGUGGAGGAUCUGACCGAGGAGGACGCGGGAACCUACCUCUGUGGGGUGCGAACGGGAAGGCUUCUGCAUGAUCGUAUUGCUGAAGUGGAGGUGAUCGUGUUGCCAGGUCAGUCCCUGCACAGUUCCACCCCUGCAACAGUGACCACAGCGCUGGGGGGCCGGGGACAGACUACGGGAGGAGGUGUCACCCUGAGCGAAGGGGGAUGGAGAGGGACAAGAUGCCCUCCUGGCACCCGCUGCAUCCGUCGCUCCUUCACACCUGCAACCCCGACGCUCCAGCCGGAUGCUCCGCAGGGAACCCGUGGCUCCUUCCCCUACUUUCCGGUGCUGGCCGGGCUGCAGCUUCUGGCGCUGCUGGCCAUGAGCGCGGCCGUGCUCUGGGUCAGCCUGCGGGGCUGA